UUUCAAAUCUUCUACGUAUCCCGCUCUCUCCCUUUCACUUCCAGAUUUGAGAGAGGGAGCCAGAAACGCAGAGAGGCAGCGCAGAUCUAACAGUAACAGAGAGAAGGGGAGAAGAAUCAUCAAGAGCUGGAAACAAUAGGUACCUUCGAUUCUCUGUCUCCGGCUCCGUCUCCUCGCCGAUUUAAAAUGUCCGGCCGCCACGAGAAAGAGAAGGGCGUUAACGUCCAAGUGCUCCUCCGUUGCAGGCCUUUUAGUGAGGAGGAGUUGAAGAACAAUGCGCCGCAGGUGGUGACUUGCAAUGAGUAUCAGAGAGAAGUCUCCGUUUCGCAGAACAUCGCCGGAAAGCAUUUCGAUAGGGUUUUCACUUUUGACAAGGUUUUUGGGCCAUCAGCGCAGCAAAAGGAUCUCUAUGAACAAGCAGUGGUUCCGAUUGUGAAUGAGGUUUUAGAGGGGUUUAACUGCACCAUUUUUGCAUAUGGUCAGACGGGUACGGGAAAGACAUACACAAUGGAAGGGGAAUGCAAAAGGUCAAAGACUGGACUUAAUGGAGAAUUGCCUCCAGGGGCAGGAGUCAUACCUAGAGCUGUUAAGCAAAUUUUUGAUACACUGGAGAGCCAGAAUGCAGAGUACAGUGUGAAAGUUACUUUCUUGGAGUUGUACAAUGAAGAGAUUACAGAUUUGCUUGCCCCAGAGGAAAUUUCGAAAGUUGCUUUGGAGGACAAGCAAAAGAAGCAGUUGCCUCUUAUGGAAGAUGGUAAAGGUGGAGUUCUUGUGAGAGGCCUAGAGGAAGAAAUCGUGACAAGUGCUAGUGAGAUAUUUACUUUGCUUGAAAGAGGUUCUGCUAAGCGUCGCACUGCAGAAACUUUGUUAAAUAAGCAGUCAAGUCGUUCCCAUUCUCUAUUUACUAUUACAAUUCACAUCAAGGAAGCAACACCGGAAGGUGAAGAACUGAUCAAAUGUGGGAAACUGAAUUUGGUUGAUUUAGCAGGCUCUGAAAAUAUUUCUCGUUCUGGGGCUAGGGAUGGUCGUGCAAGAGAAGCUGGAGAAAUUAAUAAGAGUUUACUUACUUUAGGGAGAGUUAUUAAUGCUCUUGUGGAACAUCUUGCCCAUGUACCUUACAGGGAUAGUAAGCUUACUCGGUUACUUCGUGAUUCGCUCGGAGGAAGAACCAAAACGUGCAUUAUAGCCACAGUUUCACCAGCUGUUCAUUGUCUGGAGGAAACCUUAAGUACACUGGAUUAUGCUCACAGGGCCAAACAUAUCAAAAAUAAGCCUGAGGUUAACCAAAAAAUGAUGAAAUCAACUCUUAUAAAGGAUCUCUAUGGUGAAAUUGAACGACUUAAGGCAGAGGUGUAUGCUGCUCGUGAGAAGAAUGGUGUCUAUAUUCCAAAGGAGCGAUACUACCAGGAGGAGAGCGAAAGGAAGGCCAUGGCUGAGCAGAUUGAACAAAUGGGGGUUGUUCUGGAAACCAAUCAGAAGCAAGUUGAAGAGUUGCAGGAUAAAUAUGUAGCCGAAGUUCGUGAAUGCUCUAAUUUGAACUGCAAACUUGAAGUGACUGAGAAAAACUUGGAUAAUACGAAAAAACUGCUUGCCAAAACUGAAGAGGAGUUGAAGAAGUGCCGCUAUGAUUUGAAAGAGAAGGAUUACAUCAUAUCUGAGCAGAAAAAAGCUGAAAAUGCUCUAGCCCAUCAAGCGUGUGUCCUACAGUCUGAUCUGGAGAAAGCUCUCAAGGAUAAUGCUUCAUUAUUUCUAAAAAUUGGAAGAGAAGACAAGCUAAAUACCGAUAACAGAGUGGUGGUUAACAAUUACCAGAUUGAACUAGCUGAACAACUUGGUUCUCUUUGCAACAUAGUGGCCUCAUCUAUGUCUCAGCAAAAUGAACACCUUCACUUUGUGGAGAACCUCUGUCAUUCUUUUUCAGAUACACAUAAUAAGGCGGUCUUGGAUAUGAAGAAGAAAGUGAAAGCUGGGAAGGCUUUAUACUUUUCCCACUUGGAGGCAGUCCAAAAUAUUGUUCGUCUGCACAAGGCAAGCUCCAAUGCUGCCUUAGAGGAAAUUUCAACUCUAGGUUCUUCAAAUAUGCAGUCUAUGGAAGAGUUUCUGCAAUCAGAGGGUGCUGAAGCAGCUUCAAUAUUCAACGAUCUUCAAAGAACUAUUGAAUCUCACCAGGAAGAAAUGGCCCUUUUUGCAAGGGAACUACGUCAGAGGUUUAAUGUUAGUAUUGAGCAAACAAAGGACAUUUCUGAGUAUACUAGUGGGGUUCUUCAUAAGAUUUCAGAAGAGUCAACAAGGCUUCAGAAUCAUGCAACCCAAACUGAGGAAGUUCAAAUGAAGAGCAUUGCUAGCUUCCAGAAGGCUUAUGAGGACCAAUCAAAAUCUGAUGCAGAAAAGCUUAUAGCUGAUAUGACAAAUCUUGUCUAUAACCACAUUCGUCGGCAACAAGACCUGGUGGAUGCAAGGCUUGUUGAUAUGAAGGAGAGUGCUAUGGCAAACAAAAAGUUUUUGAAUACCCAUGUUUCCUCGGUGGAGGGUAUAACAACAGACGCAAAACGGAAGUGGCAAGCAUUUGCCACACAAGCAGAGAAUGAUGCUAAAGACAGCGCUGACUAUUCUGCUGCUAAACAUUGUCGUAUGGAGGAACUCCUACAGCAAUGUGUGAGCACUGCUGAAUCAGCUUUCAAGCAAUGCAAACAUACUCAGGAAUUGGUGACUGAGAUGGGUGGUAAACAUGCUUCGGAAAUAGUAUCACUUACAAGGAAAGCUUCUGAUACAAACGAGCAGCAUGAUGCAGAGAUUGAUAUUGCCAGGGUUACAGCUGAGGAAGAUGUGGCAAAGAAUAGUGAGGAUGCAAUUCGGUACAUCGAUAGUGUGUCAGAAUUAAAGCAAGAAUCUAUAUCUGGAAUCUUGGAUAGAGUCCAAGCACAUACUAAAACUCUCGAGACUUUCAAAAGCGAUCAUUCUUGUCAAGCUUCAUCCGUACGGGAGAAGGCAGAAGAAACAUUCCAGCAGAGAUAUAUGGAUUACGAGCCAAGUGGGACUACUCCAAUUAGAAGUGAACAGGAUGUUCCCAGCAAGGGUAGUAUUGAAUCAUUACGAGCCAUGCCUAUGGAAGCUUUGGUUGAAGAAUUCCGAGAAAAUAAUUCAUUUGAAUCAUUUGAGUCCAAAGAAUUGAAACCGUCGCUGAUACCACGGUCGCCCCUUUCUCAAAUCAACUGAUAUUGGUCAUGUCAUCCUUAUUCUCAGCAUAUUAUCUGUAUUACUAGUGUACACUGUUAAUCUGUUAUCGUCAUCUUCAGAAGAUUGCAAGCAUGCAUCAGCAGUAGGCGGGGUCGGGGUCGAGGGAGAAUUGCUUGUCUCAAGGUCUAGUGCAAAUAAUCCCUUCUCAGGAUUUGGUCGUCUGUAGCUUAAAAUAGAAAUGUAAAUUCUGCCACAACAACCCCAUAUUCAUCAGGGUUAGGUUCUAUUCAGAAUUCAAGGAUCGCUGCUUUGCCUUUUGCUGCUCUGUAAUGAGUUGCAUUUUUGUUACAUGAAAGUGGAAAUUCAAAACUUCGCAAAAUGGUGCAAUAUAGUUAUUUCCUUUGC